AUGAGUUUAAUAAUACCUGUUACAAAUAAGAAUUUAAUUUCAAAAGAAUUUAGAAAAAAAUUAAUUGUGAAAAUUUUAAUUGAAAAAAUUUUUAAAAUUAAAAAUGAAAACAAAUAUAUUAAUUGUAUCCCUUUUUAUGAUUUCAUAUUUUAUAAAUAUGCUAGAUGUUUUUCUUUGGAAGAUUGUUUUAAAUUAUUUUUUUUACAAAAUAUAGACUUCUGUUUUAAUAUGAAACUUAUUCGUCAUAUAUGUACAACAAUAAAUAAUUCAUCUAUUUUUAAUAUAUUAAUGUUUAAAAAUGAGUUUAUAAUAAACCAUAUAUAUAAAUGUAAUAUUUUAAAAUAUAAAUGCUAUUUUAUAAAUGAGUAUUAUAAUUUUAUAUAUAAUAUUUUACUAUUAUGCUCAAUUAAUCUAUGUUCUCCUAAUAUUUUUAAAAGAAUUUAUGACCAACAGAAACAAAUGAAAUUAAAAAAUUUAAAUAAUUUUUACAAUCAUAAUAAAUAUAUAAUAUUAUAUAAUUUGAAAAAUGAAAAUAAUAAAAUAAGAGAUAUUAAUUUAUUUAUAAAGUUAUAUAAAUGUUUUAGUUCUAAUAAUAUAUACCCAUUUUCAUUUUUAAAUAAGUAUUUCUACUAUAGCUUUUAUAUUUCACCUUUUAAAAUAAUAACGAGAAAUAUUAUUUACAACAAUAUUUUUAAUGGAAAAAGUUGCUUCUCUUUCAAUUUAGAGCUUUAUAAAAACAUUACCUAUCUAAAAUUUCAUGAAAUAUGUCAAGUAUUGUUUUAUUUAUCAAAAGGUAAUUUAUUCUUUUAUUAUGAAUCUUUUUUAAAUACCUACUUCUAUAUUUUAGUUAAUUAUAUAUUUAAUUUGAUAUAUAACAAUUUCAAUAAUAUAUUUACGUGUUUAAAUGUAGAAAAUAAUUUUAUAAAAAAGGAAGAGAAUAUAGAUAACCUUAUAAUGAGUUUUAUAAAUUAUUUAUCUUCUUCAUAUAUAAUAAAAAAUAUUUCAAAGAAAAUUCCUUCUGUCUUAUUGUGCAUUUAUAUCUUUUCUACGUUAUUUCAUUUAUUAUAUAAAUAUCAAUUUCCUUAUUUUAAUCUAACAAACUUUAGUAAAAUAAAUAAUAAUAGCAUUAAUUUUAUUUUAUUAAAUCAGAAGGACAUUUAUUUAAGUAAUUUAUCAUUUAUAAAAAAAUAUAUUCUACUUUUAUAUAUUAUAAAUGAUUUACUUCCUUUAAUACGUAGUAAAGUAAUUUAUAAUAAGGAAAAAUAUAAUGAACAAAUAAACAAAAUAACAAUAGAGUUUGAAAGAAGUGUAUUACAAAAUAAUAUAAAGAAAAAUAAACUUGAAAGUCAAUGUAGUGUAAAUUAUAUCAACCAAGACAAAAUGGAUGAUAAAUGUCAUACAGAUAAAAUAGAAAUUUCUGAAAAUUUUAUAAAUAAAAAUGUAAAAUUAUUUUUAAAUGAAUUAUUUUCAAAAAAAAAAAAAAAUAUAUUCAAUUAUGUACAACUUCCUUUUUUGAAAUUACUUUACUAUAAAAUAUUUAUAUAUUCUACAUAUAAUAAAAAUGAAGAUUUUAUAAAUAGGAAAAAAUCUGCUUUAGAAAAGGAAAUAUUUCAAGAAAUACAGAAUUACAUAUGUAAAAAAAAUUCAAAUUAUAUAUGCUUAAAUAACAAUAGUAAUGGUAAUAUAUUCUUUACGGUAGAUAUUGAAAUAUAUAAAAAGAAGAAAUAA